AAAACUAGCAAUAUUUCAUAAUGGCCAAUUUAUUCAAGUCAAUUUUCCAACGGACAUCAAUGGCUCUUAAACUAUCCGAACCGAUGCAAAUGUCACUGGUUGUGCGAAGCGAUUUGAAAAUGUCAACGGGAAAAAUUGGGGCGCAAUGUGCACAUGCAGCCAUUAUUUGUCAUACGAAAGCGGAAAAAAGUAAGCCAGAACAUCUGAAAGCAUGGUUGAAUUUGGGGCAACCGAAAGUGGUAUUGCGCGUCGGAUCACAAGCAGAAAUCGAAAAUUUGUCCAAAAUCGCUACAGAGAAGCAUAUAGUAAAUGGUUUAGUGCACGAUGCUGGAAGAACUCAAGUACUAGCACGAACCCCUACCGUUUUGGGCAUUGGUCCAGAUACUAAAUCCAAAGUAAAUGAGCUGACAGGAAAAUUGAAGCUCUUGUAAUCGAACUUAGUCAUUUGUAAAUUUAGUAGAAUAUUUUGAAUAAAAGAAAAUAUCGAUUUAGUUGA